AAUGUAGGAAGGGUAGUUCGGGAGCAGGCUGGGAGCCUGGUACAAGCUCACGUCUUUGUCCAAUUAUUAUUUUGGUGUAUUUGUACAUUAUAGAUAUUACAUAGUAACCCCUUUAUUUUGCCAAAAUAAUGGCUGUCCUACAGUUGCUCCACCCACUAUAUUUGGUGGUGCGGAUGGGGACCGCAGUGAGUUGAAUGACUCUGUGAAGAUGGAGGACAUGGGGCCACUGCAUGAGGCAGCAUGCACGGGGAAAAUUGAGACAUGCCAAUACUUGGUGGAGCAGCUUGGGUUUGACAUCAAUACUGAAGCUAAUGAUGAUUCAGGCAUGACACCUUUGGCUUGUGCGGUGUUGCGCGAUAAAUCAGUUACUAUGGAGUAUUUGCUUGACAAAGGUGCUAAUCCCAAUAAGCAAGAUAACAAAAGAUUUACUCCUCUGCACUACGCUACAAAAGAAGGGAAUAACCGACUGGUACGACUCUUGCUGUCAAAAGGAGCUAGUGUUGAUGUAUUGUCUUCUGAAGGGACACCACUACAUGUCGCUGCCUCUUAUGGGAAGUCUGGCAUCAUACAGAUUUUAUUGCAGCACAAUGCAGAUCCAAACACAGUUUCGGCAGAUUUAGGCACACCCAUGGCUGCAGUUCUUUGUGUUGCUUCUGGAAGAAUUACUGAGUCUGAUGCUUUAAAGUGCAUGAAGCUCCUUGUCAAGGCUGGUGCCGAUUUGAAUUGUGCAAAUCCUGAUACUCCAUUGGUGAUAGCAACUAGCAAAGACUUAUCUGAAUGUGUUGAGUAUUUGCUGGAGGUUGGCGCAGAUGCCAAUAUUCCAAGCAAUCAAGGCCGUAUGAUACCAAUAGAAAUGGCUGCAAACUCUGGAAGAAGAAAGCUUGUUGAGAUUCUGUUUCCUUUCACUUUACCCAUUCAAUCUGUGUCAAACUGGAGUGUUGAAGGAAUCAUUGCCCAUGAAAAGUUAAGACAAUCUAACAAGGUAUGA